AUGGCUCAUUCAAAUAAUUUGUCACCUUCAUCAAUUGAUUCAAAUGGUUCUAAAAAAAGUGGAUUUUUUAAUAAAUUAAUUAAAAAGAAAAAUAAUAAUAAUAAUAAUAAUAAUAGUAGUAAUAAUAGUCCAUCAUCAACAUCAUUUUCAUUAGGAAGUAGUAAUAGUACUAAAAAUUCAGUUUCAAAUGCAUCAAAUGAUAAAUUACAAAAAGUUUAUACAGCAGGAAGUAAUCGGAGUUAUAGAAAAAGAGAAUUAAGUGAAACAAGAGGUAUUGAAGGUGAUAAUGAUUCUUAUAUAUAUAAUGAUGAAGAUGGUGAUGUAAAUACAAUGAUGGAUUAUGAUUCAGAUUUAUCAUCUGUUGGUUCAUUAGGUAGAUCAAUAUCUGCAAGUGGUAGAAUAAAAUCAAAUUCAAAAUUCUUAAAUUAUGAAAAUCAUAAAAUUGAUGAAAGAGUUUUAUUUCCAAGUGUUGAUGAAACAAUUUUUUAUUCAGAUUUACCUACAUUAAAUUUAAAAGAAGAUGAAGAACCUCCAUGGAGUGGAUUGACUUAUGAAUCAUUUUUAACUCCAAAAUAUAUGAAAGUAUCCAGAAGAAAUAAACAAAGUCCUAGGCAAUUAAAUCAUUUAUUUUUAGCUCAAGAAUUAAAUAUUGAAUCAGAAAUUCGUAGUAUGGAUGAUGAAUCCAAGAAUGGAGAAAUUUUUACAAUGUCUUUUAGUAAAGAUGGGAAAUAUUUAGCUUGUGCAGGUAGAGAUGCCAUUUUAAGAGUUUAUAAAGUUAUAUCAUCACCAUUAGCAAGAUUAGAAUUUAAUCAAAAUGAAAAAAAUUCAAAUGAAAAUGGCGAAGUUCCAAGAAGUAAUAAAAGAGAUUAUGUAUUUGAUCCAGCACCUGUAUUUCAUACAACUCCAAUGGAAUUUAAAGGUCAUAAAAGAAGUAUAUUAUCAUUAGCAUGGAGUAAAAAUAAUUUUAUAAUUACGGGAAGUAUGGAUAAUACUGUGAAAUUAUGGCACGUUGAUAGACCAGAAUGUUUACAAACUUUUCAACAUGAAGAUUUUGUUACCGCUGUUGAAUUUCAUCCUUUAGAUGAUAGAUUUUUUUUAAGUGGUUCAUUAGAUAAUGAAGUUCGAUUAUGGUCAAUAUUAGAAAAAUCUGUAUCAUUUAAAAGAAAUUUAGGAGAAGAUGUUUUAAUAACUGCAUUAGCUUUUUCACCAGAUGGUUUACAUUGUAUAGUAGGUGGAUUUAACGGAUCUGUAUUUAUAUUAGAAACAAAAGGAUUGCAUAUUGUAAAUAGAGUUGAAAUUAAAGAUAGAUCAAUAGUUCAUCCAUUUCAUGAUAAAACAAAUGGUAAUAAAAUUACAGGUAUACAAGUAUUUGAAAAUCCUGCAAAUAAAUAUUCAACAAAUUUAGAUAAGUGGACAGUAUUAAUUACAACAAAUGAUUCAAAAGUUAGGAUGAUUAGUACUGAUGAAAAAAAAUUAAUUACAAGAUUUAGAGGAUUAUCAAACAAUUCUUCAUCUAUAGCUGCAUCAAGUAAUGAUAAUCAUAAAUAUAUCAUAUCUGGAUCAGAAGAUCAUUAUUGUUAUGUAUGGGAAAAUAACAAUAGCAUUAUAAACAAUAAAAUUAAACAAUCACUUCGUGAUAUAGUCAUUGAUGGUAAACAACAUAUAAAUGAUUUACAUCAUAAAUAUGAAAAAUAUACAAAAUUAAUUCAUUCAAAUAAAUUUUUAGGUAAAUUAUUAGAAGAUGACAACAAAAAGGAUUAUAUAUCAAAUGAAAAUAAUAGUUAUUCAUGUUUCCAUGCUCAUCAUUCAAGAUGUAAUGUUGCCAUUUUCGCACCAGAAUCAACCAAGAAAUUAUUACAAUUAUCUGAUGAUUUAAUAUUUGACUUAUACAAAAGAGGUUCUGCAUGUAAAAUGGACCCCAAGAAAUGUUGUUGCUCAGGAUCAAAAGAGCAUAAACAUGAGGAUGAUCCAGGUACUGGCGAUAUAAUAGUUACAACAGAUCAAUAUGGAUUAAUUCGUGUAUUUCGUCAAGAUAUUGCAUGGUCUUUUAGAUCACAAUUUAUAGAAUUUCAUAAAAAAUGUUUAGCUCAUCAUAGUGAACAACAACAACAACAACAAUUAGAAGAUUCAAAAUCAUUAUUAAGAAAUAAAUCAGUGUAUAGUUCAAAUGGUAGUAAUAGACCAAGUCCAACUCGUGGUUUAGAUUCUUCAAAAUCUAUAAAAACAAUAUUAUCUUCCAAAAUAUCAUCCCCACAACCUUCAAAUACUUUUUCAAAUUAUACAUAUACUCCACAACAAUAUCCAACAAAUAAUAUUCAACCAACUCAUCCUAUAAGUAUAACAAUAGAUGAUGGAUUAUAUUCAUCACCACAUAAUAAUGUAAGUCAAUCAACAUUGAAUGAAGUUCCAAAUGAACAUGCACAACAAUAUGAAGUAGGAGAAAAAUUUCCUCAUAUUAAUAACAACAAUAAUAAUAGUGCUCAAAAUUUAAAUGUUGGGAGAAGUGUAUCACCACUUGGAUCUAUCAAUAGAGGUAGAAUGAACUAA